AUGGUCAGGAGCGCGGGUUACGCGUACCAGCAAUUUAUAAAGGAUAUCAAGGUUGCCCUCAAAAUUCCUCAGGAGCGCAAGAUUCGCCUGUGGGAAGUCGACCGUACCGUUCCGGAGGUCACCUCUCGCCCUGCACCUUCGGCCUGGUCGCAGGUUGAGCGCAGCAAGAGGAUCAAGAUUGAGGGCGAGGACCAGACGGCAAACCCCAAGUACAACGGUAAAGCGACCCUCAACCUUUACAACCUAGUCAUGGACAAGACCAUCGUUGUCGAAGAAUCUGCCGAGGGAGGCGGCUGGGUCUCCACCCGGAUCACCAAGGCCAACGGCAAGAGCCGGCCAGCCAAUAUCUCUACUCAAUCUCGGGCUAGCAGUGGCCGAAGCAGUCCCGCCCUCGGGCCCGUCACUCGUGGCAGGGCACAAAAGAAGAAGGGGUGGAGGGGCACUGGGGCCGUCGGCCUUGGGAACCUAGGAAAUACAUGCUACAUGAAUUCUGCCCUUCAAUGCGUGCGGAGCGUGGAAGAGCUCACCAAGUAUUUCCUGACGAACGAGUAUGCCGAGGAAAUCAACACCGAUAAUCCCCUCGCGUUCAAAGGCAAGAUGGCAUUGGCGUACGGGAACCUGCUGAGGGAGAUGUACCACUGCAGUGAUCAUCUCCGCCCCUCGAGCUUCAAGAGCGUUGCUGGACAGUGCCGGCCGACUUUUGCUUCCUGGGGCCAGCAGGACUCGCAAGAGUUUCUCGGCUUCCUCCUGGACGCCUUGCAGGAAGACCUUAGCAGGGUCAAACGCAAGCCGUACAUUGAGAAGCCUGAUUCCACUGAUGACAUGGUUAACGACCAGGCCGCCAUCGCGAAGAUGGCCGAUGAAGUCUGGGACAUCACCAAGCGAAGGGACGACUCUGUUAUCGCUGAUCUAUUCACUGGCCUCUACAAAAGCACCCUCAAGUGCCCCGUGUGCCACAAGAUUAUCGACAUUCCCCAGCACAGCUCCAUCGAAGUCCUCAAGCACUUCAUAUCCGAGCGCACAGGCAUCCCUGCUGAUCGUCUUAUCGGCGCGGAAGAGUUCAAGGGAAAGUUCUUCAGGAUCUAUGAUGACUCGAUGGAUGUCUCGGAAGAAAUUCAGGAUAGCGACACCCCUGCCGUCCACGAGCUCGAAAAGGUCCCCUCGAACUGGCCCCCGCGUCCGGUCUCGAUGCAGAAGAGGCCCCGCAGCCGCAAACCCGACGACGAUAGCCCCGAAAGCGAUGAUGAUGGCUGGGAUGACCCUCGUUGCGACCAGAUGGCCAUUGCCGUUCUCCAUCGUCGGGGUCUCGAUUUAACCGCCCGCAGCGAGGACGCAAUUCGUCGCAAGAUCCUCGAGAAGAUGGCUACCCUCUCAACAUGGUCCGUCCUCCAUAACGAUGAGGGAGAAACCACAGAUGCUGAGAUGACGCUCAAUUCGGAUGGCGACUCGGGCGACUCUAAAAUCAUCGCCAAGUCUGUCGAAGGAGAAGAGGACAUUGUCGAUGUCACUAUGAAGGAUGUCGCCAAGCCUCCCUCUAAGCUGGGCAAGAACGGCGUGGAGGAUAAUAAGAUGUAUCCUAAGCUGUCGUCCCGCCUUCCCGAGCCUGAGACGCCCAUUGACGACGACGCCCAGAGCACCGGCGAGUGGACCAAUGGCAAUGCCUCAGACAACGAGAGCGUGAGCGAGGAGGGAUCCACCGAUGCGCCUACCCAAACCCGCAUGGCCGACGAGUCUUCUGAAGACGAGGUGGCUGUCUCGUUCAAGAACCCAAACCGCUUGAAUGGUCGUGCAAAGGCGAAACACAAGGUUGGGGCCGGACGCGGCCGUCCUAGCAAGCAGAAGAAGACGUACUCGAAGAAGGAGCGACGUGCGGCGAAGGCGAAGAGGAACAGACAAUCAGCCAACAAUUUCCAAAGUUCGGAUGUUGCCCCGCAGCCCGCCCUUCCCUCGCUUAUCGAUGACGGAUCUCUUAUUCACCUCGGCGAGGGCAUCGUUGUAGAUUGGACCGAGGAGGCUUGGGAUACUGUCUUUGGCCAAGAUACGUCGGAGUAUGGCGAUAAGCGCGGAGCCAAAACCUUUGCAGACCUUGAGCAGCUCAAGGACGUCGGCCUGGAGAUGAAGCGCAAAGCCCGCGUUUCCCGCCGUAGCACCGGCAUCACCCUCGACGACUGUCUCGACGAGUUUGAGCGGGCCGAGGUCCUCUCCGAGCAAGAUAUGUGGUACUGUCCACGGUGCAAAGAGCACAGGCGCGCUAGCAAGAAGUUUGAUCUCUGGAAGACGCCUGAUAUCCUCGUGUGCCAUCUAAAGCGGUUCAGCUCAUCGCACUACCGCCGAGACAAGAUUGACAUCAAGGUUACCUUCCCCGUGGAGGGGCUAGAUCUUGAGAGUAGAGUUUUGCACAAGGAGGACGGCAAGGUCGAGAUCUACGACCUCAUCGGUGUGGACGAGCAUUACGGUGGGCUUGGCGGUGGCCACUACACGGCGAGCGCCAGGAACUUCUUGGAUGGGGCUUGGUACCACUAUAACGACAGCUCCGUGAGCAAGGUUAAGGACCCCUCACAGGUUGUUACCAGUGCCGCGUACCUACUCUUCUACCGACGGCGCUCCUCGGUCCCUCUCGGCGGACCGCGUUUUGCAGAAAUCGAAACCAAGUUUCAAGGCCGAUCAUCCGACGAGGACUCCGACGACGCCGGGUCGGGGGACGAGCGGCGGGUUGGCGUGUCAUCCCAGUAUGGCUCGUCGACCGCUGGCAAGGGAACGGGAGCAGGGAUGGGUCUCCUACGGGGAGUGGCAAAUCGGGGUGGUUCUGAGCCGAUGGACGAGCUCCCGUCGUACACAUCUUUACACCCGAGCAUCGAGGACGAGGGGAUCGAAAUGGGUGAGUCCAGUAAUACGGCGGCGGCCGGGGCGUACUCGACGGGUUGGAGCUUUGGCCAGCUGAGCGGCGCGGAAGGCAGCAGCGAGGAAGCCGGAAAGAUAUCACUUGUUGACUAUGCCAGCGAUGACGCGCAGCUCGACUCGGCCAGUGAAGGCCCCGAUACCCUCAUGGAUUCCGACCACGCUCUCCCUGACGCGUCAGGAGCGUACUUUGAGUCGGUUACUCAAGGCGAGGAGCUCCCGGACUACGAGUACACGGAAGCAGCACCUGCGGUUGUUCAGGAAGGCGGAGCGGCUCAGGUUCCUGGGACCACCACCUGGGCGGUGGCGGCACAGGCUGGAGCCGGACGCAAGACCAGGACUCUGACACUGUUGCGGAAAUUCGACUGGAGGACGAAACGAAGGAAUAGCCAGCACAAUACUCGCGACAAGUCUAGCCCUAGUGCUAGAAACCCCGACGGCAAGCGCCCCGAUAAGGCUCGACGGACGCCAUUCAAGUUUUAA